CAGGAUUUGGCGCGGAUUCGUUUCUGAAUUGGCGUGGACUCGACGCGGAGAGGGGCGCGACGGGACAGGCAAGGUUCUCCCGAAUAUGCAACGUAGCGCUUCUUCCAGCCCGUGGCCCACGGCGGCGACCGGCAGAAGGUCGUGUCGGCUUUGGCGCAGCUGAGGCUGCCGCCCCGCUGGGCCGCGCAGCUGGGGGACGCGGGCACCGAGGAGCUGGAGAGGGCGAGGGCCUCCACCGAGGCCUUCCUGCGGCGGCUGUGGCGGGACGCGGCGCAGAGGCAGCUCGCGGUGGACGGGGAGGGCGUGCCCAUGCGCGCGUCCGCCGCGGCGGUGGCGCGCGCCUUCCUUUCGGAGGUGGGCCGCGGAGGGGCGGGGGUCGCUGGCGACCCGGCCGCAGAGCCGCCCGCCCUCCGCGAGGGCAAGGAGGAGGGCGGCGUCGGCGAGGGCGGGGCGGCCGCGUGGCUGCACGUGGACCGGUGGAUGUCUCCGGAGGCGCUCGUGCGCGAGGAGGGCGGCCGCUUCGCCGAGGAGGACUUCCUGGAUUUCGUGCCGUGCUUCUGGCGCAGGCAGCUGGCCCGCGCCGACCGCGCCGAGGCCGCGCGCCUGGCGCGCCAGCUGGGCGGGGACGACCGGCUCGGCUGGCUGCGGAGCGCGGCCACGGACAGGCCUUCGGAGCUGUACCAGCGUUGCCUGCGCUGGAAGGCCGAGCAGCCCGAGCACGUGCUCCUGGUUCAGGUCGGCGACUUCUUCGAGUCGUGGGGUGUGGACGCGGUGAUGCUGGUGCAGUGGUGCGGGCUGGCGCCCAUGGCGCGGAGACCGCGGGCGGGGUUCCCGGCCAGCGCCUCCACCCUCCAGCAGGUGCUCAACGGCCUCACGGAGGCGGGGCUCGGCGCGGCCGUCUACGUGCAGACCGGUGCCCCCGGCCAGCAGCGCCAGCCGCGGGAGCUGCGGCAGGUGGUGACGCCCGGCGCGCCCACCUACCUGUUCGGCUCCAGCCUGAAGCGCACCGGAGACCAGGGGUUCGCCGAGUUCUCCGAGGGACGCCCGUAUGUCGCCCUCCGCCUCCGCGCAGACGGCUACUUCUACGCGGAGCUCCGGCCGUACCGGCGCGAGGUGCGCUUCUGCGAGAACGUCGCGCCCGAGGGCGUCGAGUCUCUGCUGGCCGAGAACGACGGCGUGGCCUGGCCGGUGCUCGUCGACGGCCCCGCGGGGCAGGCCCCGCGGCAGGUGGACCAGCUGCAGGGCCUGCCCAAGCAGAGGAAGUGGCUCGGCCUGCCAGCGGACGUCUCGGACGAGCAGUUUCUGGACCGCUGCUGCCAGGUGCUGUCCGCCGAGCUGCACCUCGCCCAGGAGCCAGCCUUCCAGCUGGUCCGCCUGGAUGGGGGGGGGGCGUUGCAGCCGCUGUCGCUGACGACGGCCCGCAACCUCGGCGUGCUGCCUCGGGACGGCGUCCCCAACCUGGUGAGCCACAUCCUGCCGAAGGACGCCCCGGCAGCGGCCAGGCACUUCUUCGGCCGGUGGCUGCUGGCCCCGCGCGGCGAGGCCGCGGUGGCCGCCAUGCGGGAGCUGCUGCGCGCGGUGGCAGGCAGCUCGGCGCCGGCGCUGCCGCCGCUGCUGCGGGUGCCGUCGGUGGCCAAGGUGAUGGCCUACGUUACCGCCCAGACGGCGCCCGAGCGCCUGUUCCGGGACCUGCGCGGCUGCUGCCGCGACGUGUUGGCCGUGCUGCGCGGCGGCGCUGGCUUCGAGCGGCUCCUCGGCCCGCUGUUGCUGCUGGCGGCCCUGGACACGGGCUGCGGCGGCCUGCAGCGGCAGGACUUCGAGGGGGGCCUGCGGCACGUGCUGGACCUGGUGGACGCCAGGCUCCAGCAGGACGGGGAGUGCGACGACGCCUCCACCACGGGCGAGGGAGAGGUUGUGUCCGAGGACCCCGGCGCCCAGCGUGCGGUGGAGAGGUUCUUCGAAGCCAACGAGCUCUUCCGCGGCGUCGCCUGCCGCGAGCAGCCGAGGGUCGCGGCUGCGUACGCGGAGCUUGGUGAGCGACGCAGGGAAGUGUGCGCGGCACUCCGGGACAGCCUGUCGGAGGAGGAGAGCCCACAGAAGGAUGCCCUGGUCUACAACCACCUCGAUAACGACCUUUGCUUCAAGUCGAGCACCGCGUCCUCUGUGCCCGCGAGAGAUCGCCGCGGGAGAAGCAAGCAGGGCCGCUACACCACCGCUGCGCUCCAGCGCGCGCUGGCGGGCUACUGCGCCGCCACACGCGCGGUGGAUCGAGAGGUGCAGGCGAUCCUGCGCGAACUCUGCGAGGAGGUGGCCCCGCACCUGCCGCACGUUCGGGUCGCGAUCUCGGCGGCGCAGCUGCUCGUGGCCUCCCACCAGCACGCCUCGCAGGCAAUGGGUCGCGGCUGGUCCCUGCUGGACGCUGUUGAGGGGGACUUCCGGGCGGAGGUGGCGCCCUACUGGCUGCAGACAGAGGCCGUGCACUCCCGCGUGCGCCUUGACGGGCGGGGCGCCAUCGCGACCGGCCCCAACAUGUCGGGCAAGAGCACCCUCAUGCGCUCCAUCGGCGCGGCGGCGCUCCUGGUGAACUGCGGCCUCUUCAGCCCGUGCCGCGGCGCCGUGCCGCGCUACCGGCAGAUCUGCUUCCUGGUGGCGGAGGGAGACAGGCCCGCCGAGGGCGUCAGCGCCUUCGGGCAGGAGGCGCUGAUCGGUGCCUCCCUCCUGCGGCGCGCCUGCGGCGGCACCCUGGCCCUGGUGGACGAGUUCGGCCGGGGGACGGAGCCCGCAUCGGCCCAGGCCGCGGUGGGGGCGCUUGUGGAGGAGCUGGCGGAGCGGGGGGCGCAGUUCGUGGUCGCCACCCACAUGCACGGGGUCACCGACCUGCCACUGCGGCUGCCCGGCGGGUGCCGGCCGGCGUGCUGGCACAUGGGCGUGGUCGGCGCGGGCGCCGACGGGGGCGAUCCCCGCUGGACCUACCGCCUCGAGGAGGGCGUCUGCCGCGAGUCCUACGCCUGGCACACGCUGCGCCGCUUCGGCUGGCCGGACGCUGCCGUCCGCAGGUUCCACCGGCUGGUGGGUGCCGGCUGUGCGCGGGGCGCCGCGGCAGGCGCGGAGGCCGCUGAAGCCGCGGAGGGAGCCGCCGACGCUGCGGGCGGCGGCGGCUCUUCGGAGAGCGCCGGCGGGGGCCCAGGCGUUGGGGAGCAGGAGCCGCGUACUUCAGUAAGCACCAUACCACCCGAAAGCUUGAUGGCGCAGUGA